AUAGGUAUGGAGAGAAUAGAAUGUUCCAGAAGGACAGUGAUCAGAAGGGCAAUUGGACACUUGAUGUCAGAGAGCCUGGAGGCCAGACUGACAGCACAGCCUCCUGAUUGAGAAGGCCUACUCUUCUGAUCACACCCUGUCUCUGUCUGUCCCCUGCAAAGCCAUGUGGCUGUACCUGGCAGUCCUCGUGGGCCUGUACUACCUCCUGCGCUGGUACCGGGAGAGGCAGGUGGUGAGCAACCUCCGAGACAAGUACGUCUUCAUCACGGGCUGUGACUCAGGCUUCGGGAACCAGUUGGCCAGGCAGCUGGACCUGCGAGGCUUGAGGGUGCUGGCCGCGUGUCUGACGGAGAAGGGGGCCGAGCAGCUGAGGGACCGGACGUCAGACAGGCUGGAGACGGUGAUCCUGGAUGUGACCAAGACAGAGAGCAUCGCUGCAGCCACCCAGUGGGUGAAGGAGCACGUAGGGGACAGAGGACUGUGGGGCCUGGUGAAUAACGCUGGUGUCUUCAUGCCCUCGGCACCCAACGAGUGGCUGACCAAGCAGGACUUCGUGAAGAUCCUCGACGUGAACCUGCUGGGCUUGAUUGAGGUGACCUUGAGCCUACUGCCCCUAGUGAGGAAAGCGAGAGGCCGCGUGGUCAAUGUCUCCAGUUGCCUGGGCCGGGUGUCUCUGCUUGGUGGGGGCUAUAGCAUCUCCAAGUAUGGUGUCGAGGCCUUCUCGGACUCCCUCAGGAGGGAGCUCUCCUACUUUGGGGUGAAGGUGGCUGUUAUUGAACCUGGUUACUUCAAGACUGGCCUGACAAGGAAUGGGAGGAUAGCUCAGGGCAUCCAGGAGGCAUGGGAUCAUGCCAGCCCAGAGGUCAAGGAGAUCUAUGGGGAGAAGUUCCCGGCAUCUCUCAUGAAGUCAACUGUAAGGUUGGAGCCAAGUUGGUGUAAGAAUCUGUCCUUGGUGACAGACUGCAUGGAACAUGCCCUGACCGCCUGCCACCCCCGCACCCGAUACUCAGCUGGCUGGGAUGCCAAGCUCUUCUACCUCCCCGUGAGCUACAUGCCCUCCUUCUUAGCGGAUGCCAUAAACAACUGGAACUUCCCAAGACCUGCCAAGAGCCUGUAGCCCCAGCCUGGGGUGCAUGUCUUCUCCUGGGACAUUACUCAGGGCUCUGGGGAUAUUGGGAGGAAAGAAUCAAAUUGUACAGCUGAGGAACCAGGACCCAUUGCACACGUCAUCAUCUGAUCCUUAAGAGGCCUCUCAAGGCUCUGAGCCUCAGGGCCCUUCUGCCACCCUCAGGAUCCACACUUUAGGGAGAUUGUGAGCAGCUGGGAGAGACUCAGCCUCACCUGAGCCUGCUCUGACUCUGUCUUCCUCGUCAGUUGUGCCUUGGCCCUGGCAUGUCUUCCGCUCCCACAGGAUGGAAAGGCCUGAAGAAGGUGAAGUCUCUUCUCCACUGAAGACAUCUGUGGACAGAGGUGGAGGUGUGGAGGGUGACCAACAGCCUGACCCCUCAGCCUCAGGUCCAAGUCAGCAGACCUUGCUGGAAGGUGGUGUGCUCAAUAGGGUUCCUGACAGAGGACACAGAAAUCAACUUUUGAUUUGUCUGGAAAGCAUGGAUUUCCAUUCCUUAUCUUUGCUUUAAAAUAAAAGUUGAAAAGUUUA